AUGAAAAGAUCCGUUAGACCUCUCUUCAGCGCCAUCCUCUUCUGCUUCCUCGCCGCCACACUCAUCUGCAGAGUCGCGAUUCGCCGGAGAAGCUUCACCUUCAGCUCCGCCAUCGCCGAGCUCGGUAGCACCUCCGGAUUCAUGACGACGGAGGAGAUCGUGUUCAACGAAACCUUGCUCGAGUUCGCCGCCGUCGAUCCCGGAGAGCCGAAGUUCAACCAGGAAGUCGAUCUGAUCUCCGAUUACGACAACACUCGGAGAAGCCACCGCCGAUACUUCAGCUCCAUCUCGAGACCGAUCGAUAGCCUCCGCCGCCGCGGCAGAUACGUCCCUUCCAAGUUUCCGGUAACAACGCUUCGCUCUUCUCAAGUCUCUCGUUACUGGUCAGAGUUCAAGAGAAACCUUAGGCUCUGGACUCGCACCAAAAAAGCUUACGAUCCUGACGUAAUGCUAGAUUUAAUCAAACUAGUCAAAAACGGCGUCGUUAGUGAAAGAAGAUAUACUUCUUGUGCGGUGGUUGGUAACAGUGGUACAUUGCUUAACCGCCAAUACGGUGACGUAAUCGAUAAACACGAGAUAGUGAUCCGUCUCAACAACGCUAAAACGCAGAGUUUCGAACACAAAGUCGGAUCAAAAACGAGUAUAUCAUUCAUAAACAGUAACAUUCUACAUCAAUGCGCGAGAAGAGACCGUUGCAACUGCCAUCCUUACGGAGAAUCAAUCCCUAUCGUGAUGUACAUUUGCCAACCGAUUCAUAUAUUGGACUACACUGUUUGCAAACCAUCUCAUAAAGCUCCUCUGGUGAUCACUGACCCUAGAUUCGACGUACUGUGCGCUAGAAUCGUGAAGUAUUACUCUGUGAAGAACUUCUUGGAAGAGAAGAAAGAAGGGUUUGGGGAUUGGAGUAAAGGUCAUGAAGGGUCUUUGUUUCAUUACUCGUCUGGUAUGCAGGCUGUGAUGCUUGCGGUGGGGGUUUGUGAGAAAGUUAGUGUUUUCGGGUUUGGGAAGUCGAAUUUGACUAAGCAUCAUUAUCAUACGAAUCAGAAAGGUGAGUUGAAGCUUCAUGAUUAUGAAGCUGAGUAUAGAUUGUAUCAUGACUUGGAAAACAAUCCCAGGGCCGUUCCGUUCUUGCCGAAAGCGUUUAAGAUUCCUUUGGUGAAGGUUUACCAUUGA